UCGUACGAGACGGAAGUUUUACUGCGUCGGACAUCAAGGGCCGGCAGGACUUGAACAGACGAAAGAAGAAAUUUCUUCACUGAGUAUAAACAAACCAAUCAGACAAAACUUGGGAAAGUCAUAGAUCUACUGAAUACCAGUUGUUCUACUGUAACGUGAUUGUGUGGUCAACUAAACCACAAAAGGGUAACCGACAGUUGCCGACUCGAGCUCAAGGCCAAGAGGCCUACCGUCCGUCGUUCGAGUCGCCAUCGUGCUGACAAGGCAGACAUGACGGUAGCAGCUGGGUACACGGGCGACUCCAACGCUCCUUUGAGAGACGUGAAGAAGGUCCAGUUUGGAAUCUUGAGCCCAGAGGAAACACGUCGCAUGUCAGUGACUGACAAUGGAGGCAUCAAGUAUCCUGAAACCAUGGAAGGCGGUCGGCCCAAGCUGGGAGGUCUCAUGGACCCACGCCAGGGUGUCAUUGACCGCCAGUCUCGCUGCCAGACAUGUGCUGGCAACAUGACAGAGUGCCCGGGUCACUUUGGUCACAUUGAACUGGCCAAGCCUGUGUUCCAUGUGGCCUUCCUCACCAAGACAAUCAAGAUUCUCCGAUGUGUUUGUUUUUUUUGCUCCAAGCUCCUCAUGGAUCCGACUCACCCAAAAAUGAAAGACAUCCUCAUCAAGUCAAAGAGCUACCCACAGAAACGUUUGGCUCACGUGUACAAUUUGUGCAAGGGUCGCAAGAUCUGUGAAGGUGGAGAUGAGAUGGACAGGAAGAAAGAUGAAAACCUGAUGAAUGAAGAAAAUCCGGAGGAGAACGCGCACAAGAGCCAUGGAGGCUGUGGUCGUUACCAGCCCAGCAUCAAGCGCAAUGGCUUGGAGCUGAUAGCUGAAUGGAAGCAUAUAAACGAAGAGUCACAGGAGCGCAAGAUCACUGUGUCGGCAGAGCGUGUCCUUGAGGUCUUCAAACGCAUCACAGAUGAGGAGUGCAUAGUUCUGGGUAUGGACCCAAAGUGGGCUCGACCCGACUGGAUGAUUGUCACAGUGUUUCCAGUUCCCCCUCUGCCUGUGAGACCGGCUGUCGUCAUGUUUGGUUCUGCAAGAAAUCAGGAUGACUUGACCCACAAACUGUCUGACAUUGUCAAAGCCAACAACCAGCUCCGGCGCAACGAGCAGAACGGAGCUGCUGCCCAUAUCAUCUUGGAGGACACAAAGAUGCUGCAGUAUCACUGUGCUACACUGGUUGACAACGAGAUGCCAGGACUGCCAAAGGCUGUCCAAAAAUCUGGCCGGCCACUGAAGUCUGUGAAGCAGAGGUUGAAGGGCAAAGAAGGUCGUGUGCGUGGUAACCUGAUGGGUAAGCGUGUGGACUUUUCGGCUCGUACUGUCAUUACCCCGGACCCCAAUCUACGAGUGGACCAGGUCGGUGUGCCCAGGACCAUUGCACAAAACAUGACAUUCCCAGAGCUUGUCACCCCUUUCAACAUUGACAGAAUGCAAAGCUUGGUGCAGAGAGGGGCUAACCAGUACCCUGGUGCCAAGUAUAUUGUCCGAGACAACGGAGAGCGCAUUGAUCUCCGGUUCCACCCAAAAGCCAGCGACAUAUAUCUACAGUAUGGCUACAAGGUUGAGCGGCACAUGGUUGAUGAUGACGUGGUGGUGUUCAACCGACAGCCAACCCUCCACAAAAUGAGUAUGAUGUGUCACAGGGUCAAAGUUUUGCCCUGGUCCACUUUUAGGCUCAACCUCAGUGUGACGACCCCGUACAAUGCUGAUUUUGAUGGAGACGAGAUGAACCUUCACUUGCCGCAGUCCUUGGAGACUAAGGCCGAGAUCUUCAACUUGGCGGCUGUCCCGAGGAUGAUCAUCACACCCCAGGCCAACAGGCCUGUCAUGGGCAUUGUGCAGGACACAUUGUGUGCUGUCCGCAAGAUGACUAAACGAGAUGUGUUCAUCACUAGGGCUCAGAUGAUGAAUCUGCUGAUGUUCCUGCCCACAUGGGAUGGUCGUGUGCCGCAGCCGGCUAUCCUCAAACCGCAACCGCUGUGGACGGGAAAACAACUUUUCUCGCUCAUCAUCCCUGGCCGUGUGAAUUGUAUCCGAACACAUUCCACCCAUCCCGACUCCGAGGACAACGGACCGUACAAGUGGAUCUCGCCCGGAGACACCAGGGUGUUGGUAGAAGAUGCGGAGUUGGUGAGCGGCAUCGUGUGCAAGAAAACCCUGGGUACAUCUGCAGGAUCACUGGUGCACAUUGUGUUUCUGGAGAUGGGCUACGAGAUUGCUGGAGAGUUUUACGGGAACAUCCAGACCGUGAUCAACAACUGGCUCCUUCUGGAGGGACACAGCAUUGGUAUUGGGGACACCAUCGCCGACCAGCAGACGUACCAGGACAUCCAGGACACCAUCAGGAAUGCUAAGAAUGAUGUGAUAGAGGUGAUUGAGAAAGCUCACAAUGACGAACUGGAGCCCACGCCCGGUAAUACCCUCAGGCAGACUUUUGAGAACCAGGUGAACAAGAUCCUGAACGCUGCUCGUGACAAAACUGGUAGCAAAGCCCAGCAAUCUCUGUCUGAAUUCAACAAUUUCAAAGCUAUGGUGGUCUCUGGCUCAAAAGGGUCCAAGAUUAACAUCUCUCAGGUCAUUGCAUGUGUGGGUCAGCAGAACGUGGAGGGAAAGCGCAUUCCGUUCGGCUUCAAGUAUCGCACACUGCCGCACUUCAUCAAAGACGACUAUGGUCCCGAGUCUAGAGGGUUUGUGGAGAACUCGUACCUUGCCGGUCUGACCCCUUCGGAGUUCUACUUCCACGCCAUGGGAGGCAGAGAGGGUCUCAUUGAUACUGCCGUGAAGACUGCCGAGACUGGGUACAUCCAGCGUCGUCUGAUCAAGGCUAUGGAGAGCGUGAUGGUCAAGUACGACGGCACCGUGAGGAACCAGGUGGAGCAGCUUGUCCAGUUGCGUUACGGGGAGGACGGCCUUGAUGCCUGUUGGGUGGAGUUCCAGGCCCUGCCCACGCUCAAACCCGCUGACGAGACUUUCAAGCGCAAAUUCAGAUUUGAUGCCACCAAUGAAAGAGCCAUGAGGAAGUGCCUGCAAGAAGAUGUGAUCAAGGACCUGAUGGGGGAUGCCAGCCUCAUGGCCGAGCUAGAGCAGGAGUGGGAGCAGCUGCAGGAGGACAGGGUAGGCAUUCGGCAAGUGUUCCCCACCGGAGACUCGCGCAUUGUGCUACCCUGCAACAUGAACCGCAUCCUCUGGAAUGCUCAGAAGAUCUUCCGCAUCAACAAACGCAAGCCCUCCGACUUGCAUCCGCUCAAGGUCAUAGAAGGCGUGCGAGAGCUGUGCAGCAAGCUGAUCAUUGUGGUGGGCGAUGACCCUAUCUCUCACCAGGCCAACGAGAACGCCACGCUGCUGAUGAAGGCGCUGAUCCGUUCUACGUUGUGCACCAAACGGGUGGCCGAGGAGCACUGUCUCACUGCUGAGGCCUUUGAGUGGGUCCUGGGCGAAAUUGAGACCAAGUUCCAGCAGGCUAUGGCUCACCCCGGUGAGAUGGUGGGAGCCCUGGCUGCCCAGUCCCUUGGAGAGCCGGCCACUCAGAUGACACUGAACACUUUCCAUUACGCUGGUGUGUCUGCCAAGAAUGUCACCUUGGGUGUGCCGCGUCUGAAGGAAAUCAUCAACAUCUCCAAGAAGCCAAAGACCCCGUCACUGACUGUGUACCUAUUGGGACAGGCUGCACGUGAUGCUGAGAAGUGCAAGGAUGUGCUGUGUCGUCUGGAACAUACCACGCUCAGGCGUGUCACCGCCAACACAGCCAUCUAUUAUGACCCUGACCCCAUGAACACGGUCAUCGCUGAGGAUCAGGAAUGGGUGAGCAUCUAUUACGAGAUGCCGGACUUUGAUGCCUCGAGGAUCUCCCCAUGGCUGCUGCGCAUCGAGCUGGACCGCAAGCGUAUGACGGACAAAAAGCUGACCAUGGAGCAGAUCUCAGAGAAGAUCCAAACAGGCUUUGGUGACGACCUGAACUGCAUUUUCAAUGACGACAAUGCUGAAAAGCUGGUGCUGAGGAUUCGCAUCAUGAACUCUGACGAGAACAAGUAUCAGGACGAGGAUGAGGUGGUGGACAAGAUGGAGGAUGACGUGUUCCUGCGUUGCAUCGAGGCCAACCUGCUCUCCGACAUGUCUCUACAGGGCCUUGAAGCCAUUGCCAAGGUCUACAUGCACUUGCCAACCACAGAUGACAAGAAGAGGAUCCAGAUCACGGAUGAUGGAGAGUUCAAAUCCAUCACAGAGUGGAUCCUUGAGACUGAUGGUACCAGUCUGACCAAAGUGUUAAGUGAACGUGACGUGGAUCCUGUGAGGACGUACACCAAUGACAUCAUUGAGGUCUUUGAUACUUUGGGUAUUGAAGCUGUGAGAAAAGCCAUCGAACGAGAAAUGAACCAUGUCAUUUCUUUUGACGGCUCCUAUGUCAACUACCGCCAUUUGGCCCUUAUGUGUGACAUCAUGACCUCCAAAGGUCACUUGAUGGCCAUCACCCGUCACGGCAUCAACAGACAAGAAACUGGCGCUCUGGCGAGAUGCUCCUUCGAGGAGACGGUGGACAUUCUUAUGGAGGCGGCAUCCCACGCUGAGAUUGACCCGAUGAAGGGCGUCUCGGAGAACAUCAUGCUGGGACAGCUGGCCAAGGUGGGCACUGGCUGCUUUGACUUGCUGUUGGAUGCAGAGAAGUGCAAAUAUGGCAUGGAGAUCCCCACCAACCUGGGGCCAGGCAUGCUCGGAGGUGCUGGCACAGGCAUGUUCUUCGGCUCAGGAGGUUCCCCAACCAGCUCUAUGUCUCCUCUGAUGACCCCCUGGGGUCAGGUCGGCACUCCGGGCUACGCGAGUGCUUGGUCGCCAGGCGUGGGCAGCGGCAUGACACCGGGUGGCGCCGGCUUCUCCCCCUCUGGGGCCAGUGAGGCUGGACUCUCCCCCGGGGGAUACUCCCCGUGGUCGCCCCAGCCAGGCUCUCCUGGCUCCCCCAGCUCUCCGUACAUCCCGUCUCCCCGAGGCAUCCAGUCACCCAGCUACUCCCCGGCCUCCCCUUCCUACAUGCCCAGCUCGCCCGCAGUGCCCACACCGCAGAGCCCCAGCUACUCUCCGACCUCACCUUCAUAUUCCCCGUCGAGCCCCGGCUAUUCGCCAGCCAGCCCGAAGUAUUCACCUGCAUCGCCUUCCUACUCCCCUACCAGCCCGUCCUACUCUCCUACGAGCCCCUCGUACAGUCCCACCAGCCCUUCCUACUCACCCACAAGCCCCUCUUACAGUCCGACAAGCCCUUCCUACUCGCCCACAAGCCCCUCCUACUCACCCACGAGCCCCUCCUACUCACCGACCAGUCCCUCCUACAGCCCGACAAGCCCCUCCUACUCGCCAACAAGCCCCUCCUACUCUCCCACAAGUCCCUCCUACAGCCCCACCAGCCCGUCUUAUUCGCCCACCUCCCCAUCCUACUCCCCCACCUCUCCUUCGUACUCCCCCACCUCACCCUCCUACUCUCCGGCAAGCCCAGGCUACUCCCCCACUUCCCCCUCCUACUCCCCCUCCUCGCCAAACUACUCUCCCACCUCUCCGUCUUAUUCACCCACCUCUCCCUCCUACUCCCCAACCUCCCCCUCUUACUCCCCGUCGUCUCCAUCAUACUCCCCCUCCUCCCCCUCCUACUCCCCCGCCUCACCAAAUUAUUCCCCGUCCUCUCCCUCCUACUCUCCAGCUUCCCCGAAGUACAGCCCUUCCUCCCCCUCCUACUCUCCCACCUCCCCGUCCUAUUCGCCAUCAUCCCCCCAGUACUCCCCUUCCUCUCCCAAGUACUCCCCGGCCUCCCCGCAGUACUCCCCCUCCUCGCCGCAGUACUCCCCAGCCUCCCCCUCGUACUCACCCUCCUCCCCCAAGUACUCCCCUACGUCCCCCCGCUACAGCCCUGCCUCCCCGGACUACUCCCCCUCCUCACCGCAGUACUCCCCGACCUCCCCGUCCUACUCCCCCUCCUCCCCCAACUACUCGCCUGCCUCUCCCUCGUACUCCCCCUCCUCUCCACAGUACUCCCCGACGGGGGCCACCUCCUCCCCUGUCUCCCCCAGCUACUCCCCCAGUAGCCCGGCCUACUCCCCCAACACCCCCCACUACUCUCCCACCAGUCCGCACUACGGCACCGAUCUGGAGGACGAGGACGACCAGGCCUAGACGAGGUUGACACUCAUUUUGGCUCACCUGACGCAAUGACACACUUGUCCCACAGGAAUGGCCGACACUCGUAGAAUAGGGAUGUGCUGCCACAUUUACCAUACAAUACAAUAUGCACUGUGACACAGUGAUAUGUUGGCUCAGAAUGUUGACCCACAGGACUGGCUGACGCUCGUAGAAUAGGGAUACGCUGCCACACUGUGACACAGUGAUAUGUUGGCCCACAGGACUGGCCGACGCUCGUAGAAUAGGGAUGCACUGUGACACGGUGAUAUGUUGGCUCAGAAUGUUGGCCCACAGGACUGGCCGACACUCGUAGAAUAAGGAUGCGCUGCCAUCCCUUGCCAUACAAUAUAAUAUUCACUGUGAUACAGUGAUGUGUUGACUCAGAAUGUUGGCCACGGACAGAUGGUUUUUUUGUUGUUGUUGCAUGUGACAAAACCUGAUGUGGAAUGUAAGUCUUGACACCCCACAUCAUGUUCUACGCACAUAUUCCGUGCCUGAACAAGACCUCUUAUUCCCUUUCUGAACAAGACCUUUGUGGGAACUCGCAGGUUCCUGUCUACACCGGACAGCUCAAGCCGCACUAUAUUUUUCCAGAAGCCUUCUCUUGUGUAGAGUAUACUUCUGUCCUGUGACAGAGGCAUGUGUUCUGUUUGAAAUGAAAUGCCAGAGGUGCUGAUUUUCCAGAUGAUCCAGAAAUCUUCAUUUUGCUGGGAGGUGUUUCCACAGGGAAGUGCUUGCGCUGGUCGAUAGGUGUUGGGUCAGCAGCACCAAAUAAUGAAUUCGCCCAGCUCAUGUUUUGCAUAUGAGUUGGGCCAUGUGACUGUCUCGGUGUGUAUGCGUCUGGCUGUGCGUGAUUGUAAGUGUUAUUUGAGAGAAUGCGUUGGGUCGAGUGUGCGAUUGCUGGUCUUAUACAUUGAGCCUAAGUAAGGCAACCAUUUGUUUCUUUAUUAAUAAAAUAUAAAAACAAAUGUCUCGGUGCUGCUGUUUCUAACUGAUGUUUGUUAAGAUGGUAACUACUUGUAAAAGCAAGGUUUGUCUUUUUUUGCCUGUCGUUGCAUUACCUGAAUUUGGCUAAAAUAGUUAAAAAUUACCCAGAAUCUACCUGGAAAAGGAAAUUUUGAGGAAGGCCCCCAUCCCCCCGUUUUUCCCCAUAAUUCAAUGUUUUGCAAUGAGGUUUGAAAUUUUCUUGAAAGUAAUUGAUGAGAGUUUUAGUGGCCAUAUGCACUACUGAAUAUGCAGCAGUACAUGUGUGUUCGAGGGUAAAAAUUUACCAACUGCCCUUGUUCCUAGUUAGACCUACUUGUACAGGGGAGGGACAAAGGAACAGCGGGACUAGGCUCGGCCUACAUGCGCUGAAAAUGAGUUUUCGUCAAGGGACCCUCUUUUCACUAUUACCGCUGGAGCGAUGUUGAAUCACAGUUGCUAUGUUAUGAUUAUUGUUAUUGCUAUUGUAAAAUAUUGUUUCAUUUAGGUUUUUGAUUUGUAUAAUUUGUGAAGUGGAUUUUGACGAUGUCAAAUCAUAUGUUUUUGUCUUUGAUGAUGAAGAUGAAGCAGAUUAUAAUUUCAGUUUGUUGAUCUAA